CGCAGACCAUGGCUUAUUACAAUCAACAGAAUCGUCCUCGUGGCGUUCCCGACCAGAAUUUCCUCGGCAGUGUCUUCCAGAGAGUGGACACAGACAGAAGUGGUGUUAUAUCUGAUACUGAACUUCAGCAAGCAUUAUCCAAUGGUACAUGGACACCUUUUAACCCCAUUACUGUUAGAGCCAUUAUCUCUAUGUUUGACCGUGAGUGCAAAGGUGGUGUAAACUUCACUGAAUUCACUGGGGUAUGGAAGUAUAUAACUGAUUGGCAGAAUAUAUUUCGGGCCUAUGACAGAGACAAUUCUGGAUUUAUUGACAAAGAUGAAUUGAAGCAAGCAUUAUCAAAUUUUGCAGGGUAUCGCUUGACGGAUCAGUUCUAUGAUAUUCUCAUUCGCAAAUUUGACAGGCAGAAAAAGGCUCAAAUUGCCUUUGAUGAUUUCAUUCAGUGCUGCACUGUUCUGCAGAGACUAACAGAUGUUUUCCGGCGCUACGAUACGGAUCAAGACGGCUGGAUACAAAUAUCAUAUGAGCAGUAUCUUAACAUGGUCUUUAAUGUAGUAUCAUAAUUUAGUGCGAUGCCAAAAGGAAACAUGGCCUGGAACAGAAUAGACUGAAAUAACAAAUUUACACAUUCAUUUACUGCAUUAUAGUGCCUGCUGUGGUGCUAUACAUUUUGAUGGCUUCUAUAUUUUGUAUAGAGUAUAACCAAAAUUCUAAAUUGUAUAUAAGAAUUUAUUUUUACAGUUUAGCAAUACCAAUCUAGCCAUAUAUAUAUUAUUUUUUUUUUUUAUUCUGC